AUGGAUCAAGGCCCCGGUUGCUUGAAGAGCCAAUAUAGUAAAAAAGGACGCCCGAUCCGUUCCUGCUCUCGCCACCGGGUCAUCUUCAACUGGAUUCCAUAUUCCUCCAUCACUCCAUCUUCUUCUUCUUCUUCUUCUUCUUUGAUUGUUUUAACCUUUGAUUCGACGCCAACCGCGAUCGCCCCUCGCGCCUCGCGCCGCAAGCAGACGCUGUUGACAUAGUCAGUACCCACCCAUCGGCUUCCCCUCCUUUCCUGAACUCUUCCUCUUCGCGUUAGGGUUCCGAGAUCCGAAUCCGAUCGCGGCUGUAAUUUCGUCCCGGGAAGGAGGGCGGUUGAUCGGCCGGGAUCGACGAGAUGAGCGAAGUCUUCGAAGGGUACGAGCGUCAGUACUGCGAGCUCUCGGCCAACAUCUCCAGGAGAUGCAGCUCCGCCUCGCUCCUCGACGGAGAGGAAAGAAAGCAACAGAUAUCUGAAUUAAAAGUUGCACUUGAUGAAGCUGAUGGGUUGAUACGGAAGAUGGAUCUGGAUGCUAGAACUUUGCAGCCAAGUGUCAAGGCAAUGCUUCUUGCUAAGUUGAGGGAAUACAAGUCUGACUUGAAUAAUCUGAAAAGAGAAGUUAAAAGGAUGUCAUCUCCUAAUGCCAACCAGGCUUCGCGUGAAGAAUUGUUGGAAGCUGGAAUGGCAGAUGCACGUAUGGCUUCAGCUAAUCAAAAAGAAAGAAUGGCUUUCUCGACGGAGAGGUUGAAUGAUUCUAGUGAGAGGAUAAACCAGAGCAGAAGAACCAUGCUAGAGACAGAGGAGCUGGGGGUCUCCAUACUCCAAGAUCUACACCAGCAGCGUCAGACUCUCCUGCACUCUCAUAACAAGCUUCAUGGGGUAGAUGAUGCCAUAGACAAGAGCAAGAAGAUUUUGACGACUAUGUCGAGGAGGAUCACCAGGAACAAGUGGAUCGUUGGCUCAAUAAUUGGGGCUCUCGUCUUUGCUAUUAUCAUAGUUCUGUACUACAAGCUUUCUUGAUGAUAGCCAUACCACCAAGAAACUUGUUGUACUUAAUAAACUUGUUGUACAUACAGUAAUGAAAACAAUACUCAUUGCGUCUCUACGAUUCUUAUGUCUGUUGCGACUUGCUCGCUUUCUCUUUGUAUUUUCGGGAACUCACUCGGUUGGAGUUCCCUGUGGCAAAUGGGUCGGACUUAUUAUGAUGCAAUACUUUUAUCGAAUGCAUGUCUCUAUGCA